AUGGGGAACUCAAAUCAAGGCACGUUCAGUUCGUCCUUUGAGGCCAAUCAGCCCUUCCCACCACUGACCGAGGACUUGAUCUCUCCGGACGAACCCCAAUCGAGCUAUGAAGACGAAAGCGUUACCUCUCCCGGCUAUGAGGGUAUUGAGGUGGAGGAUGAUGCGGAUUUCCAGUCGCACUACUCGCUGGAACAUCAAGCGUUCUCCGAUACGGACUCCGAGGACUCUCCUGACGAACUCGACCGGCAUCACCCAUUUCGCCAGUCCUCCAGCUCCCUCCACGGCCCGAAUGCAUUUGCGCCUCCAUUCUACAAUCGUCCACCCACGCCUCUACCGCCUUCGCCCUCACUGACUUCGCUUUUACGGCCGCCUUUUUCGACCACCACAUCGCGUCCGACCACUCCCGAUAGCUCCGAUGUAGAGACCCCCAAUGAUACCGAGGCAGCAGUCGCCAAGUCAGCCCGUCGUGCUACCACUGUCCCGCGCGCCAGUCCAAAGGUUCCUACCUAUGAAUACUACGGCUUUGUGUUAUACCUGGCUUCUUCAUUGGCAUUUUUAUUUUAUCUCCUAUGGUCCUAUCUCCCCUCGCCAUUCCUUCAUCAACUCGGCAUCUACUAUUACCCCAACCGUUGGUGGUCGCUGGCGAUCCCUGCGUGGUUGGUGAUGUUACUUAUCUACAUUUAUGUUGCGCUUGCCGCAUAUAAUACGGGGUAUCUUACUUUGCCCAUGCACAGUAUCGAGAACAUUGUUGACGAGGUCGCGAACGUGUCGGUGAUUGAUGGCAAGGCACGGAGACGUCCCGGUGGCGCUACCAAGAUGAAGCCAGGUGCGACAUCCUACCAGAUCAUGGGCCCCCAGAACCGCAAAGUCAACUGGCGAGAAAUCUGGAGUGAGGGAACCGAUGCGGUCAUGGAUGUGCCGGUCGGAGGUGUGUGUGAAGUUUUGUAUGGCCAAGAUCGAGAUGAAGUCUUUGAUUAUCAUGCAGACUCAUAG